UCGUCAUCAGAGCGCGUCAGAGGAUCCACCGACAACAUGAAGCAGUGGUGUCGGACCGGAGCGACCUUGCUGCUCGGAGCGGGACUCGGAGCCGCGGGCAGCCGCCUGCUGCGUCUCAGGGGCGGGGAGGAGGAGGAGGACAGAGCCGCUCUGCUCCACAGACUCCCGGUGAUCCCGGUACCGACGGUCCAGGCGUCCGAGCUGACGGUAAGUCCAGGUACGUCAGCGGCUGUGAUGAAGUACGGUUUCCCCUCGCUGACCAACAUCAAGACCAGAGAGUCGUACGUCUCCUCCUACGACCCCCGCACACGCACUGCAUCCUGGGUCAUAGAGAGGCUGAACCCCGACUCCCUGAACGGCUCAUCAAACAGGAAGUACUGUGACUUCAAAGAGGACGAGAGUGUACACACGUUUCACAGAUCAACCAAUGACGACUACAGGGGGAGUGGCUUCGACAGAGGUCACCUGGCUGCUGCAGCCAAUCACAAGUGGAGUCAGAAAGCCAUGGACGACACAUUCUACCUGAGCAACGUCGCCCCACAGAACCCUCAACUGAACCAGGUCACCUGGAACAAUCUGGAGAAACUGUGUCGCUCUCUGACCAGACGUUACGUCAAUGUGUACGUGUGCAGCGGUCCGCUCUACCUGCCCAGGCAGGAGGCCGAUGGGAAACUCUACGUCCAUUAUCAGGUUAUCGGACGGAAUCACGUUGCCGUGCCGACUCACUUCUUCAAGGUGCUGAUCCUGGAGCAGGUGGGCGGCAAGGGGGUGGAGCUACGGUCAUAUGUUUUACCAAAUGAACCAGUGGACGAGAAGCUUCCUCUGGAGCGUUUCCUUGUUCCCAUAGAAACCAUCGAGAGGGCGUCAGGACUCCUGUUCGUCCCGAACAUCAUGAAGAGAACGAGCAGCGUGAACGCCAUCAAAUGAACCAUUGACGAAUCAACUGCUGCAGCCUCGGUCCGUCUGUUUGUUAAAGGUCGUCAUGGUUACACAGAAGUGAGCAGCAUCUCGAUCAUGUGAUGAAGAUCAUCACAACUAUGAAGGAGCCAAUAGUCUGAUUAUUGAUUAUUUAAAGUUUACUCAUCGGAAACAAAGUGAUCGUGAAGCAGAACAGUGUUCUGUCACAUGACCUCCAGAUGUAGAACAUGUUGAUGACAUCAUGUCCUGUGGACAUUGUGGGUCAGAAACAUCUGGGUGUGGUCAAAUUGUCCUUCCUCUGUACAUGGCCUUGGCCUAAGUGUUAAAGGUCACGAGGUCAAAGGUUAAAGGAAGAUUAAACGACGUCUUCAUGUGACGUCGUGAUGAAAAGACACAUUUCUGAAGAUGAACUAGAAAAACCUCAGUGGCUCCAUCAGCAUUUUUCCGUGUUUUAUGAUUCAUAUGUAACAGUAACUGACAUCUGGAUCAUAUUCAUACUCUUCUUCUUCAG